GCGUUCACAGAGCUGCAGGCCAAGGUGAUGGACACGCAGCAGAAGGUGAAGCUGGCAGACCUGCAGAUCGAGCAGCUCAGCAAGACCAAGAAGCACGCACACCUGACCGACACGGAGGUGAUGAUGCUGGUGGACGAGACCCGCAUGUACGAGGGCGUGGGGCGGAUGUUUAUUCUCCAGCCUAAAGGAGUGAUUCAUAAUCAGCUCUUAGAAAAACAGAGAAUAGCUGAAGAGAAAAUUAAGGAAUUAGAGAGAUCUGUGCCACAGGCUCCCUCACACACUGGAAUGGGACAUGUCCUACUUAGCAGGAGCCAUCGGAUUUUUCCAGUCCUGAUACUAUCAAAUUCUUGUUGUGUUUCACGGUACAAGGG